AUGGAAAUUAAUAAAAAAACCCAAAAAAUUAUAUUUCCUUCCUUACCAGGCUACAACCCUCCUGCUGCGAAAAAUUUUCAUAUAUCCCAACAGUUUGAAAAAAUUCAUGAUGGAGUUUAUUAUCUAGUGGAUCGAUUGAGUGUAGAAGAUCGUAAACGGUAUUCACCCCUUUAUCCAUUUCAUGAUGAAAAAAAUAUGCCACCAUGGCUGGCAUACGACAGCCAAAGACUAAUGUUUACGGCAUAUUUUAAAGAUGACAAUCCCAAUCGACGAGCACCAACUUAUCAAAUUCAUGUAGUAAAGAUUAGUUUCUUCCUAGAAGAUGGAACGAUAAAAAUUGUUGAACCAAAUAUGAGAAAUAGUGGAUUACAGCAAGGAGUUUUGGUAAGACGUCAAAGAAUUCCAUUACCAGGUUCUUCAAAAUAUCGUUUUUUUGAUAUAAUUGAUUUAAAUAUUGGAAAACAAGUAGAAAUAUAUGGCCGCAUUUAUAAUAUAGUAGAUUGUGAUCAAUUUACACGACAAUUUUUAAAUCGAAUGGGUAUUGCAGUAUCAGAUCCUCUAGAAAUUCCUUUAAAUCCUUUUGUAAAUACAAGAAUUAUUCCAAUGUCCUCGAAAAAGCUACAGCAAAAGCCCGAUACCCUUGGGAAAUUUCUAAAAUAUGAUAGAAAAGUAUUAAAGUUUAUCGGAUAUUGGGAUGAUACUGCUAAUGAAUAUGGAGUUAUUCAUAGUUUGGAAUUAUAUUAUUAUUUGGCCGAUGAUACUAUUGAGAUUAAAGAGAUUUUACCACCCAACUCAUCGAGAGACUUGAAUGCUACCUUUCUCAAACGAAUGAAAAUACCCAAGUUUUAUACAGGAAUUGACCCCAUUGGUGUUCAUGAUCCAUUCACAGUUCUAAAUGUCCUGGGAGACAGUACAGGCCAAAGUUAUUACAUAGCUGACCCAUUAAACACAGGCAAACCAUCAUGUGAAUACUACAAAGACAGCGAUCUCGUAAUUGGGGUCAGAAUGAAUGUGUUUGGUCGAGAAGUCGUUAUUACUGACCUUGAUUCAGCUACUAAAGAGUACUAUAGAACCAAGUAUGGUAUCGAGGAGUUUACACCACUUGAACGACCAGACAUAAAACCCGAUUACUACCACCCUAAUGCUGACAAACAUAAACCACCGCCUUACAAUGGGUUUGGCUCCUACGAUGACUCUUUCGGAAACUGCUUCAGAAUUGUUCCCAAGCCGCCAAAAAUCGAUUAUGUUAGAUCAUUUCAGUAUGAUAAAAAACCUGAGAACAACAACAUACUAAGAUUCACAGCAAAAAUGAUAUCUGAUGUCUCUUCAAAUGCUGAUCGUCAGUUUAUUAUUAACAUUCAUUUGAUGGACAAUACAAUUUCAAUUUUUGAGUUAGCUAUGAAGAAUACAGGUUUUCAAAGCUGCCGUUUCCAAAAAAGGAUGCCAAUAAUGCUUCCAGAUCAGGAAAUUUAUUCAAGUGAUAAACCAAGAUUUUACGAUCCUUGUUUUUUUUACAUCGGUGCUGUGGUGAAUAUUGGAAAAUUCCAGUUUCUAAUAACUUCUGCAGAUGAUUAUACCAUUCGUUAUAUGGAAGAAAAUUGUGAUAAGUUUUGCAUAGCUAAUCCUUUAUUAAUUAUUGAUAAAAUUAGAGAAGCUAUAAAACCUUCAUAUAAAGAAUUUAUUCAAAAUUAUGAGCCGGUCAUAGAAAGUGGAGAAAUUCCUGUAUUAUCAUGUGAUAAAUUAAGGGAGGCUUUGUAUAAAUAUUUAGAAAAGAAUAUAUGUGAACAUGAAAUCAUAACUAUUGCCAGGCAUUAUAAAAUUAGACAAAAGCCUGAACGUAAUUUACGAGAAGACAUAAGGCGUUUAAUACAUAAUGAAAUUAAAAGAUUUUUGUGGAAUGACUUGGAUAGACUCGAGGAAGAUAUAAACCACUGGGAUCCAUCAGGUAGUGGACUUUUACCUCGUAAUCAAGUGUAUACUAUUUUAAGAGGAUGCAGACUACCAGUAGAUCCUAAAGUUAUUAAUGCUAUGCUAAAUUGUAUUACAAAGAAUGAAGAAGGAAAAAUUGAUUGUAAGGAUUUGUUGGAAUAUUUAAACGUAAAGGUGAAUCCUGUUACCCCUAUUCAUCCAAUGUCUUUGAAAGAAACACUUUGGUGGACUUCAGAAGAGAAGGAUUAUUGUCCUGGAUUGAAUUGGAGCAAAUUCUUGAAUGAUCUUAAUAUUAGUGAAGACAAUCCAAUUUCAGCAAUGACAGGAAGCCAAUAAUAAUCAACGAUGAGCUUUAGCUUCACAAAUGUCCCAUUAAUUAUCACUUGAAUCAAAUGCUGAAGAUCGAUAAUUUCAAUUGCACUCAUAUGUGGUGAUGAUGUUUCUA